CAUUCAUUGAAGGUCGCGUUCUCACUGUGUUUUUUUCAAAAUGUCUGAGGGUCGCAAGAGAAAAAGUGUCUACGAAUUGUAUGACAAGAAGAGAAAGGACUAUAAAUAAAGAAACAAGACCAGAUGUUUAUGGGAGACUAUUUCACACUAAAAGGACAGGUUGGGCUUCCCACGCGAAGUUUCUACUGGAAAGAUCUAAAAGAAGUGGCAGCCCUAGGAAGACCUCUGUUUCCUGGUAUGCUGUACGACUGCCGCAGAGAUUCCUUCAUUCCAGGUGUUACUUUGUGGGAUAAGACAUCACUGAGGGAAGACUUGGACAUCCGUCCACAGGCCAAUACAUAUUCGAAGUUCAAUAGCUCUGACUCUCUUUCUACUAAGUCCAGUCUUCUGGAUGUAAGUGCUACCCUGAAGACAAGUUUCUUGGGGGGGCUGGUUAAGGUGGAAGGAUCUGCCAAGUACCUGUGUGACACCACAUCCUCAAAUCAACAGGCCAGAGUGACAAUGUAUUACAGCGAAACCACAAGAUAUGAACACCUCACUAUGAGCAAUCUGGGCAAGAUUACCUACCCUGAGGUGUUUGACCAGAAAUCUGCAACUCAUGUGAUCGUGGCUGUGCUGUAUGGAGCUCAGGCAUUCAUGGUGUUUGAUCGGACAUUUUCAGAACAUGAAAACAAGCAGACGAUUGAGAAUGAACUGAAUGUUGCUGUAAGUGAGAUCCCUCAAUUAUCUGUUGGGGGGAAAACAGCCUUGGAAAUGACCGAUGCUCAAAAGAAUAUGGCUGAGAAGAUCACCUUCACAUUUCAUGGUGACUUCCGCCUUGAGCAGAACCCCACCACAUAUGUGGAAGCCCUGGAAUUGUACAAGAAACUCCCCACUCUGCUGAAAAAGGAUCCACAUAAUGCAGUACCAAUUAAAGUCUGGCUCCGUCCUCUUCAGAGUUUCAACGCAUCAGCAGCAACGUUAGAGAGAGAAAUCAGUACAAGUGUGGCUUUUUCAAUUGAAGAUAUUAUGGAGCGGAUGAGGGAGGCAGAGAGGACAUAUAAUGACCUGUCAGGAAACCCACUAGUAAAUAGUUUCACAGACAUUAAAGAGAGGCUACGGUCAUUUCAUGGCUCCUUUAGCAUUUACAAGGAAAUGCUACUGAAAGCGGUCGGCAGGGUCUUGCCUGCUAUUCGAGGAGGAGAGAUGGAGGAGAAUUCUCUGGAAGGCAUCCUGAAGAUCCACAUGAGCUCCCCAUUUAAUAAUGACACGCUUUACAAGUGGUUAAAUAAUGCAAAGUCUGAACUUCAAAUUUUGAGUUCUGUUACCAAUUCACUGGAAGGGAUUCCAGUUGUAGACUCAGCCAGUCUCAACAGCAUCAUUAUUAAUCCUAAUUAUCGUGGAGUGUUGUGCUAUACCUUCACGUCUCUGAAGUAUGAAGACCUGUAUCUUUCAGCAUUGAAUGAGUUCCUAAAUACUGACAAGUUUAAAGAGCCAUAUGAGGAAGAAAACAAGAAUACCAUGGAAUUUGAGAAAAAGUGGUUUGAGGAUAAGUGGUUUAUCAAUGAGGAUAUUAUCGAAACAAUACAAUUUAACAACCAUGUCUUCAAAUCUCAUUCAAAGCCGUUUCAGGCAAACAAUUUCCAUGUGAUUAUUUCUGCAAUCUCAGAUCCCGACCAUCCAGGCACCUCCAUCUAUACGUAUGUACAUGGGAAACUGACAGAAAAAGAGCUGCAGAAACCAUUCAGAAUGAUGCAUGAAGCUUACAACAAGUGAAAGUAAACCAGGAAAUUGAUGGAUCCUACCUUAGAUCCUCACGUGCAGAAUGUUUUUAUUAUUGUGUUUUUUAGUUUAUGUUUAAUCAUUUAUUUACAUAAUCAUUUUAUAAUCAUUAGUUAUCCAUAUAAUUGUUUACUUGAUUAUUUAACACAAUUAUUUUUAUUAAGUGUAUUAUCCUGCAUGAAAGUAAAUUAAUUUCAAAAGACAUGAUUCCUUCCCCCCCAUCUUAUACUCUACAUAUCUUCCAGAUGUCCUUUUGGCCCCCUCAAGCGACCUACCAUCUUACUUCCCAAUAUUCCAGACCAACCUUGUUUGAACAUGGUGGCUAUUCACCAACAAUCCAGAAUAUACUAUUCAGUGUAUUAUGGCAUGUCAAUGAAUAAAACGGUUUGAAAACUU